UGCGCCCAAAGUUUCAAUUCAAAACCCUAAAUAAACCCUAUCUCUACUUGAUCUCAUAGUUCGAGAAUUCGCGAGUGAUUCCACAAAACAAUUUUUUUUGUCGCUAUGAGAAGGGCUAAUGGACUCGUUGCUCUUACUCGAGCUAUUGCCGCCGGCGCCGGGGGAUUCACAGCUCAGCACCGGGUGGUUCAAGCGGCAAUGAUGAGCACGUGCUCGAAUUCUAAUUCAUCACAAGGAAUAUUCGAUCGGCUUGGCAUAUCAAGCCCCACCGUCGCGCGCGGUGUCGCCGGGAUCAUGUUCUUCUCUGCUGCUGCAUCGUCUCUGGCACAGGAAGUCCAUGCCAAGCAGGCACCGCCAUCGGAGAAGAUUUUACCUAAGGACGUUGUUCUGUACCAGUACGCAGCUUGCCCCUUCUGUAACAAGGUUAAAGCAUUUUUGGAUUAUUACAAUAUUCCAUACAAAAUAGUGGAGGUCAAUCCUAUCAGUAAAAAGGAAAUCAAGUGGUCUGAUUACAAGAAGGUGCCCAUUCUAACAGUUGACGGUGAACAGAUGGUUGAUUCUUCAGAUAUCAUUAACAAGCUUUUCCAAAGGAUACAUCAGGGCGAGUCUAUCCCAGAUAGCGAUGAAGAAAGCAAGUGGCGAGGGUGGGUGGAUAAUCAUUUAGUGCAUGUUUUAUCACCAAACAUUUACCGAAGUACCUCUGAGGCUCUUGAAUCAUUUGACUACAUCACGACUCAUGGAAAUUUUAGCUACAUGGAGAGAUUAACAGCUAAGUAUGCUGGAGCUGUAGCAAUGUACUUUGUGUCAAAGAAGCUGAAGAAGAAAUACAACAUCACUGACGAACGUGCAGCCCUGUAUGAAGCUGCAGAAACAUGGGUGGAUGCCUUGAAGGGUCGUGAAUUUCUAGGUGGCUCAAAACCUAAUUUGGCUGAUCUUGCCGUAUUUGGUGUUCUGAGGCCAAUUCGGAACUUGAGAUCUGGUAAAGAUAUGGUGGAGCAUACACACAUUGGCGAAUGGUACUCUCGAAUGGAACGUGAAGUUGGCGAAUUCAAUGGAAUUAAGGCUUGAAAGUCUAGCCACAGUUGCAAUGUGAGUCAGCCUUGACACUAAUCAAAUUUCGGUGAAUAAUUAUUAAAAACUAUACAAAAGAAACUUUUGAUCUGGAGCCAGCAUAUGUUUAAUCAUUAUGUUCAUAUAUUUUUUGUGAUUGUUGAAAUUGCCCUUGCUUAAUUGAGGGACUUCUGCUGAAAAAAGUCCGAUUUUGAUGUAGUGCUUAUAUCUUGUGAUUCUUCAGUCUGUAACCAAUGGUGCAGAAGCAUUAAUUUAAUGCGCACAUAAUUAUACAUACUAUAAAUCAUAAUUUUGAUCAUUUUGAA